UCUUGGCAGAAAACCAGGGAAAGGUAGCAGGGUAGAGAAAGAGAAAACGGAAACUGAAAUUUUAGUCAUAAUUAGACUUUCACUGCGUUUAUUUCAUUUUAAUCGUAUAAAAUGCAGCACACGCAAUUCUACACGUUUACCGCCUUCCUCUCGUACAGUUUCCUGAUGUUUAAAGUGACACACGGAGCUUUAAGGGAUUUCCCUGAGGAGCUUCUCCACACCACAGGAGAGAUGUCCGGUGUGUUAAAGCCGCGGUUUAAUCAGAGCUCUCACACUGAGGCAGAUUAUUUACAGACCUGGAUUAAUCUACAAGACUCGAUAAAGCGCCAGAUUUUUCUCAAUUCACACCGGAAGGAUUUGAGGCACUCGGCUGUGUACGGAGUCAAUCAGUUCUCCAUCCUCUCCUCUCAGCAGUUUAAAGAUCUGUAUCUCCGAGCUCGUCGAGAAAAAGUGCCCAGGUAUAAACCUUCACAACACGGACACUUCGGGACAUCACCUUAUCCUCGGAAGUUCGACUGGAGGGAUCGUAGAGCAGUCGGUCCUGUCCACGAUCAGAGAUCGUGUGGAGGAUGCUGGGCGUUCAGCGUGGUCUCUGCAGUCGAGUCGGUGCGAGUGAAAGAUGGAGGGACGUUUCAGGAGCUCAGCGUCCAGCAGGUUGUAGACUGUGCAUAUAAAAGUCAGGGAUGUGACGGAGGGUCACCUGUCAGUACGCUGGCCUGGCUGAAACAGAGUGGGGAGAAGCUGGUGAACGAGACGGAGUAUCCGUACGAAGAGAAGACCGGAGUGUGUCGUGUUUUCCCUCGGGGUCACGGUGGCGUGGCGGUGAAGGACUAUGCCGCCUUCGACUUCAGUGGACAGGAGGAGGAGAUGAGCCGGAGGUUAGUGGACUGGGGGCCAUUGGUGGUGAUAGUGGAUGCAAUGAGCUGGCAGGAUUAUCAGGGAGGAAUUAUUCAACACCACUGUUCUGCUGAACACGCUAAUCACGCUGUGAUUAUCACCGGCUACGACACUACAGGUGAGGUGCCGUUUUGGAUAGUGCGUAAUUCCUGGGGGACGGCGUGGGGUGAUGAGGGAUACGCCUACAUUAAAAUGGGGGAGAACAUCUGCGGCGUGGCUGACAGCGUGGCUGCGGUGUUUCUCUGAGCUGUGUUCUCCACACUGUUCCAUUCUCCAGGCAGGAAAACACACACACACACUCUCACACUCUCACACACUCUGUCUCUCACACACACACACUCUCUCUCACACACACACACACACACACACACACAAGGUUAAGAUUAUUUU